CACGAAUAUGGCCUCCUGACUUGAUUCCGUCCUCUUUAGAAUCGACAGCUGUCGUGUAUCUCUUUGUUGCUACCGAAAAACUCCCGUUACACACAGAAUCUAGCACUCCAGACCCUCCCGAGCUACGGCCACACCGAAUAACUGACCAUGGCGGACCAUGCAUAUGUGACUCUGGCCACAAAUGACAACUAUGCCAAAGGAGCGAUGGUUCUGGGGAGGUCGCUACGCAACCAUAACACAACCAAACAACUGGUGGUUCUGAUUGGACCGCACGUAGCAGAGCCCUGCAGGGCCAUGCUGAGUAGCAUCUAUGACGAGGUGUGUGUGGUGGAUAUCUUGGACUCUGGGGACACGGCCCACCUGGCCCUGAUGAAGAGACCAGAACUCGGAGUGACCUUCACCAAGCUGCACUGCUGGACACUCACACACUACACCAAGUGUGUUUUUAUGGACGCAGACACACUGGUGUUGUCCAACAUUGAUGAGCUGUUUGAGAGGGAGGAGUUAUCUGCUGCGCCUGAUCCUGGUUGGCCAGAUUGUUUCAACUCAGGCGUGUUCGUCUUUAAACCGUCCAAUGAAACAUACCUCAGCCUUAUGACACACUGCACUGAGAAAGGCAGCUUUGACGGUGGGGACCAAGGAGUUCUGAACAGUUUCUUCAAUACCUGGUCAACAGCAGACAUUUCCAAACACCUGCCUUUUAUCUACAACCUCAGCAGCAUCGCUAUGUACACCUAUCUACCAGCCUUCAAACAGUACGGUCAUGAGGCUAAGGUGGUCCACUUCCUGGGGAAGGUGAAGCCAUGGAACUACUCCUAUGACACCCAGACUGGGAAGGUCAAAGGUCACACCCUCACCCCUGGCUCGGGUGACCUGCACCCUGACUUCCUGGUUCAGUGGUGGAGCCUCUACUCCUCUGGGGUCCUACCUGCUCUCAGAGACUCAUAUGGAGACACACUGUUCUGCUCCGGCUGCACUGAGUGGCAAGUCAUUGACAUGGUAACCUCUCUCCCUGUCUCUCAUGGAUACUUUAAACAGGAGGAGGUCUGUGACAGUGUGGUUGAGAUCAUCCUCCCCCCGCCUCCCCCUCAGGCGCCCCAGGUGUCCAGUGAGGAGAGGAGGCAGCGAUGGGAGGCGGGCCAGGCGGACUACAUGGGAGCCGACUCCUUCGAAAGCAUCCAGAGGAAACUGGACUGCUUCCUCAAGUAGAGGGCCAGAGGAGGGAUGACGGACGGAGAGGGCAUCCAUUGGCAGGCCUGAGAUGCGUCAGUCAGGGCGGGGAUCAACUGGCAUUCGACCAAUCAGAAGAGAAAGCGGUAGAGCAUGACGUAUUGAAAAACAGUCCCAUCCUGGGCCUCUCUCUCUCUCUCUCUGUUUUUCACUCUGUGUUCGUGCGUCUGUGUGGCCCGGUCCUGCAGAAAUAACCCCUGCAGAGACUGGGCCAUUCAGUGUUUGAACACCAAUUUACUACACUAUGCAGCCCCCAUACCACCACCUCAGUGCAGAAGCCUUGGUCAGUAAGUAAUGACUCAGUAAUAACCUCACUGUGACUCUGCCUCACCAAGUCCCAUCCAGACCCCAUGACUCUAACAGCUCUAACCCAGUUACUCAGUCAAGCCUGAUAAUGAUAGAGAUAGGGCAGUCGUGCUUUUACUCUGUAAAGUAUUCAGAGAUGCGUGGGUAURAAGUAUUUCCCUCUAUAAAAUGGAAGAACUUAUUUUGUUUAUUAAAGUUUGCAUCCCAGUGGUUAUUUUUGCUCUCCAUAUGCGUGUUGUGCAUGCUUGUUUCUUUAUAUUAUGAUUAUUGUGAAGGAAGCCCGUUUCUAAAGUGGAAAACCCACCGUAGCGCUUGUCAUUUCGCCAUGUCCUGUUUGAUGUCAUCACUUCCUGUUGGGUUUCCUCACUUCCUGUGUAGUCUGACCAGUUGCCUUACCACCGUCAAAGACUCUUAUUACACAACUAGGCCUAUUCGAAUUGUCGCCGUUCACUGUUUACAGAAAACACUUCUCUGCUGCUGCCAUCCCCCUCCACCUCUACUCCAUUCAACCCUCCUACAGACUUACCUCCACGCUCCACUCUACUCCACCCUUCUCUACCCUCAACUUGACACCCCCCAUCUCCAGCUCACCCCUCCUACAGCCCUACCUUGUCAACCUCCCCUCCACCACCCUCCAACAUCAACACCAUGAUGUCUCUUCCUCUCCCUGAAGUGUGUACCUUCACCCCGCCUUGUGGAUUUAAAAGGAAUGGACUGGUGUGAAAACCAUAUCAGAUAUUAUUUUGACACGGUGAGAACUCAAGUCCAUGAUUAAUCCAAUGCUUUCACAUCCAUGAAGGGGACAGGGUGAGCAGGUCAAGUGCACACGGGGGCAUAAGGCCAGUAGGGAAUCCUAACACACACACAGCCUAAAAUGAUCUAUUAAGUAAUGGGAUGUAAUAGUUUUGUGGUCCCUCUUAACACACCCACAAACGGCUCUAUAGAGACGUUUCCAAACACUGUGAAACCUUGUGUGUUCUGAACACACCCCGGUAGUUCUCACUGUUUCUGUUCUCUGUAGACACCUAGUAAAGGACUGGUGAAGAAGUCUC